UAUCUCUCUCUCUCUCUCUCUCUCUCUCGCUCUCGCUCCCACGUCUCACCAGAGCUCCGCCAUCGCCAUGGCGGCAAUCGCGAAGCUCCAGAUCUCAGUGCAAUCUUUCUACCACCCUAGCUCCAUAGAUUUCUCCUCCAUACCCAACCGGAACUCGAGCCCCUUUGCUUAUUCUGGCCGGAAUCCGAGCAGACGUGAUGGAGUCUCUUCCUAUCGAUGGUGGAAGCAUCGGCAUUUUCUGGCUCCGAUGAGGUGUAGAUCGUUUAGAUCUGAGGAGGAGAAGACUGGACGAGCGCCAUUGAAGCGAAAGGGACCUCUUUAUUCUUUGAAAUCCCUGAUUCUCAAGGUUUCUGGGUUGCCUUCUCAGUCUGGUGGUGGAGAGUAUAGGAAGGCCGCCGUAGAGAAGGCUGAAGAGAUUUUCUUUUCGGUUGUGACACAGUUGGGAAGAUAUUUGUUAACCAUGAUGAGCACUGGUGUUAUACUUGCAGUUGGAUUUCAGUUAUCAGGCGGUGACAAUCAGAUGAAUACUCUGAUUUGGUAUAGUUGGCUUGGUGGAAUCAUCAUUGGAACUAUGAUAGGCGCAAAUACGGUUCUAGAAGAACAUUGUAAUGCAGGUCCUCGCAAUGUUGUUAUUACUGGAAGCACAAGAGGCUUAGGAAAAGCACUUGCUCGGGAGUUUCUUCUCUCUGGUGACCGGGUUGUCGUUGCUUCUCGCAGUCCUGAGUCAGUCUGCACAACUGUGGAAGAACUCAAUGAAAACCUAAAAGAGGGUAUAUCUAUGGCUGGAGACAAAGGCAAAGGAAAAUUCUCUCGUGCUAAGGUAGUUGGUAUGGCGUGUGAUGUUUGCAAACCUGAUAGUGUCAGGAAGUUGGCCGACUUUGCAGUUAAUGAACUUGGUUCCAUAGACAUCUGGAUAAAUAAUGCUGGGACCAACAAAGGUUUCAGGCCAUUAAUACAAUUUACAGAUGAUGAUAUUACUCAGAUUGUGUCAACAAACUUGAUUGGCUCUUUAAUCUGCACAAAGGAAGCUCUGCGUGUCAUGAAAUCUCAGGACAAGGGAGGCCACAUAUUCAACAUGGAUGGGGCUGGUUCAGGGGGGUCUAGCACGCCACUUACAGCUGUUUAUGGAUCAACAAAGUGCGGCCUUAGGCAACUUCACGCUUCGCUUCAGAAAGAGAACAAGCGGUCCAAGGCAGGGAUACACACAGCAUCUCCAGGGAUGGUCCUCACAGAUUUACUUCUAAGUGGUUCAACUCUAAGAAACAAGCAAAUGUUCAACAUAAUCUGUGAACUACCAGAAACAGUAGCAAGAACAUUAGUACCAAGGAUGCGAGUUGUUAAGGGAAGUGGAAAAGCAAUAAAUUACCUAACACCUCCGCGGAUAUUACUAGCUUUGGUCACAGCAUGGCUCCGCAGAGGCAGAUGGUUUGAUGAUCAGGGUAGAGCAUUGUAUGCUGCAGAGGCUGACAGAAUCCGCAACUGGGCUGAAAGCCGAGCGCAUUUUUCCUUCACUGAUGCCAUGGAGUUGUAUGCAGAGAACACCUGGGUCUCUGUUUUCUCUCUUUCAGUUGUCUGUGCCUUCAUAAUACUGUCCAGUUCCAGUGGAGCUUUUCCAGGCACAUAAAAUCAUAAGGCAUGUCUGAUAAACAAGAAUUGUCAUCAUCCAAGGUCUAUCAAGCAUAUGAUUUCAGAAGGAUGAAAGAAUGGCAAGACAAGGAAUUCUUAGUUUCACAGGGCAACCUGAUCAUGUAAAUUUUUUAUUAGGGAUUUUUUUGGCAUACCAUUCAUUUAUCACAUUGAUUGGUUGGCCCUCAUUUAAAAUGUUUAGUGACGUAAUCCCUCAUGUAAGGUUACAGAUUUUAAGGUAUGUAAAAGAAUUUUUAAAAAAAAAAAAAGUGUACAAGUUAAGCUAUAA